CCUGCGAGGUCCGGGGUUGGGUUCCCCCACCAUUGAUGGCCCGGGUGUGUCCCCUGCCCCGGGGCACCCAGUCCCCAGUCCCCCAGUGCGCCCGGCCUGGGAGGGUGACUGACCGCACCCCUCUGCCCCGCCCCCACCAACCUGGGGCGGGAUGCCAGGCCGCUGACCGGACCAAGAAGCCGGGAGAUGCUGGUGUCUUCCCGAGGGGCCAAGAGGAGGCCGGGCGGCGGCCCAAAGCCAGCCUCCAGCUGCCCAGAGAGGGGCAGGAAGCCAUCUGCAGAGGAGCAGCUGGCCGAGGAGUAGGGGUGUCCCCACAGCCCCUCCUCCUCCAUCACUAGCACACUAGCUGCUGUGCCCUGAUGCUCGGUGGCUCCCCCUGGUCUCACUGCCUUGUGGGACUCCAUCCCAGUAACGCCUGAGAUGACCCUGAAGACAAGGGAGAACAGGAGGGAGGUGGGGUGCUGCAGGGCACUGAGGGUGGAAACCAGGAGGUAGAGGCUAAGGUAGUGCCAGGUGUGGCAGUAUGUGACGGGGGACAGAGCCCCAGAGACACUGGGCUGGGCUAGGCUAGGUGAGGCUCUUGGAAGCAGGUAGUGUUGCUUGGGGCUGGAAGCCCUGUUCCUACAGCCGGGAGUGGGGUGGGCCCCACGGAGGAAGUCUCACUAGCUCCUUGCUCACCUCCCUGAAGCUGUCUGGUCCUUUAGGCCUCAGUUUGCUUUUCUGUCACCACAGUGUGAGGCUCAGUGAGGAAAUGGGUGUGAAGUGGUUUCAAAGAGCUAAACAUCUUGGUGAGUUAAUCCCAAAAGAGUCCCGGAGCUGCCCAGGCCCAGACAGACACCUUGUCUUCCCUGCAGAGGACUCAGCCUGGGGCUGCAGGAGACAUGCUGGGCCAGGCUGGACUCUGCCUCCUUCCCGGCCUGUGAGCUUCUCCAGCAAGCUUCUCCAUCAUAGAGAGCUUGUGAAAAUGAGCAAAACUCUAGGGGUACUCAAGCCAGUUCCUGUUGAGACGAUGCUGACUCAUGGCGCCCCCAUGUGUGUCAGAGUAGAACUGCACUCCAUAGGGUUUUCAAUGGCUGAUUUUUCAGGAGCAGAUCAUCAGGCCGUUCUUUCGAGGCACCUGGGGUGGAUUCGAACCGCCAACCUGUCAGUUAGAAGUACUCCUAGCAAUUGGAAGAAAAGGACCGCUGGAAGCACAGUGAUGCUGUUUUUAACAAGAGCAGAGGGGACUGUCAAGGGUCCUGUUGUGCAUUGUCGUUGGAAGAACUAUUUGGUUUGAGGGAAAGAGCGCAGGACGUGGAGCUGGGCGGCCAGGGCUGCGGUGCCAGCUUCCUGCCCAUUGUGCUGCUUCGAACUCAUUUUCAGUUCCUUGUUUCCUCUCUGCCUCAGUCUUCUCAUCUCUAAUAUGCGACAAACACUUGGAUUUUUAGGAGAUACUCUUGGAAAAGAUUUAAAGAUCUCUACAAAUAUAAAGAACUUGUAUUACAAGUUUGUAAUACAAAAUGUUUUACCUUUGUAAUGCAUUUGGGAACGUAUUACUCCAAAACGAUACUUGAUCCUUGGUAUGCACAGAGAAUGGUUUACAGGAGCUGUAGCACAAGCUGGGCAACUGGUGGUUCAGUGGGAGAAUUCCCCCUUCCACGUGGGAGACCCAGGUUCCCGGCCAACGCACCUCAGGCGCAGCCACUACCCAUCUGUUAGCGGUGGCUUGUGUGUUGCUCUGAUGCCGACCAGGUUUCAGCAGAGCUUCCAGGCUGAGACAGCUAAGAGGAGAGAACUGGCGAUCUGCUUCAGAAAACCAGCCGGUGAAAACCCUGUGAAUCCCAAAGGUCGUAACCGAUCGUGGGGAUGGUGCCGAACCGGGCAGUGUUUUGUUCCAUUGUGCGUGGGGUUGCCAUGAAUCGGGGGCUGGCUUGACGGCAGCCAACAACAACAUAGAGUAAGCAGGAGGCAUUUCCGCUUCAUCCGAGAGCAGAAGAGUAACGGUACACACAGCCACAGAGCUGUAAAUGCCUGUCAGCUUCAUUCAUUCAUUCGUGCAUUCAUCGUACAUUCAACGACUAUUUUGGUCUUUACUGUGCAAGGCCCUGGGUAAGUUGUAGUUCAUGUAUUUGUUUCCUACUUUAUUUCACAAAGGAUUUGAAAGGUAGGAAAAGGGAUUGUCUGGAUAAAUGUACAUAGACUUUCACUGGAGCCAGAGAGAUGUCACGAUACUGAAAAGUAUGCACUAGGCUAACAUUUCCGUUAAUCUACAAGAGGUUUGUGGGAAAAUUAGAACCGGCCUCAUCUCUUUCACAUGCUGUAGGUAGAAACGGCAGGCUGGGAACGCCAUCCGAGAAAAAAACACAAAAUGCCUGAGCAUUUUAGGGGGGAACUUGGAGCUUCCCAGGGCCAAUCUACCCCCUCAUUUCCCUGCUCCUCACCCAGCCCUUGCUUCCAGAACCUCAGCCAAGCUGGAGACUAAUCUCUGCAGAUUCAGCAGGAGGGGACGGUGAGGAACAGAGAAUGAGGAGUGGAAGCCUGGAGGUAUUCAGUGGACAUCUGCAGAGCCCUGCUGUGGGUGGCCCAUGGGUGGAGAACAUGACGCUGUCCCUGCCCCUGGGCAGCUUGGGGUCUGGUCAGGCCAGCUGACAGAAGAAAAUCAUCACCAGUGUAUCGUACCAGGUGCUGUAAUAGAGUGUGGCAUAGAGUGAAGGCAGGAUGGAGGGAAUGUUUUGUUACCUCUGUUCUGGGGGUGGGUGGCGCAGAUGGCUAAGUGCUCAACCACUGGCCAAAAGGUUGGUGGUUCGAAUCCACCCAGAGGUGUCUCAGAAACGUCACAGCCCUGACAACCCUGUGGAGCACAGUUCUACUCUGACACGCAUGGGGUGACCAUGAGUUAGAAUCGACUCCGCGGCGACUAACAGCAACAUCUUGGGGAAGGCCAGGGACCAAACAAAAACCAAACCAUUGCUUUCGGGUCAAUUCUGACUCAUGGCAGCUCCGUGUGUUACUCAGUAGAACUGCGCUCCAUAGGGUUUUCUUGUCAUAUUUAUGGGCGCAGUUUGCCAGGCCUUUCUUCCACAGUGCUGCUGGGUGGGUUCCAACUGCCAACCUUUCAGUUAGUAGUUGGAGAGGAGAGCAGAAAUGGUCACAGAGGAGGGGAACCUUUAGGGUGAGUGGAUGCUGUUAACCUGUGGUGCCUUGGUGAGGAUUAGUAAAGGGCUCACAGCUGGGUUAGCAAGUCUCUCCCAUCCAGGCGACCCUGUGCAAUGAAAACCUACACUACAGUUGGGUGCAGUUCCAUUUGUUAGGUGGUGCGUAUGAGGGAGAGGGAGGGUGGGAAGAGCAUUUUGGGCUGAGGAGACAGCAUGGGCAAGGGUACAGAGGUGGCAAGCUCAGGCAGUGGAAAGAGGGCGAUGAAAACUUGACCUGUAGAGUGAGAUAGUGGGGUUGGGGUGAGAGACCCGAUUUGAGGGCUCUUGGAAGUAGAAUAAGGUCCCUGGGUGGUGCAAACAGUUUGCGCUUGUCUACUAACCAAGACGUUGAUGGUUUGAAUCUACCCAGGGGCACCACAGGAGAAAGACCUGGUGAUCUCCUUCCUAAAGAUUACAGCCAAGAAAACCCUAUGGGGCAGUUCUCUGUAACAUAUGGGUUGCCCUGAGCUGGAAUCGACUCGGCAGCAGUAGGUUUUUUGUUUUUGUUUUCUAACUUUUGAUUGUGCUUUAGGUGAAAGUUUAUCCAGCAAAUUAGUUUCUCAUUCAGCCUUAAAAGCUUGUGAGCGGCCGUCUAAGAUGCUCCACUGGUCUCACUCCAUUGGGAGCAAGGGAGAAUGAAGAAAACUAAGGGAAAGAUUAGCCCAAAGAAUUAAUGGUCAGCUACCACAACCUCCACCAGACUGAGUCCAGCACAACUAGAUGGUGCCUGCUACCACCACUGGCUACUCUGACAGGGAUCCCAAUAGAGGCUCCUGGACAGAGCUGGAGAAAAAUGUAGAACAAAAUUCUAACUCACAAAAAAGACCAGACCUACUGGCCUCACAGAGACUGGAGAAACCCUGAGAGUAUGGCCCCCGGACACCUUUUUCGCUCAGUAAUGAAGCCACUCCUGAGGUUCACCCUUCAUCCAAAGUUUCCUGAGGUUGUCCCCCUCAACAUCGGAGGGGCCCACUUCACCACACGCCUGUCCACCCUGCGGCGCUAUGAAGACACCAUGCUGGCGGCCAUGUUCAGUGGGCGGCAUUACAUCCCCACCGAUGCCGAGGGCCGGUACUUCAUUGACCGUGAUGGUACUCACUUUGGAGAUGUGCUGAACUUCCUACGCUCAGGGGACCUGCCGCCCUGGGAGCGUGUCCGGGCCGUGUACAAGGAGGCCCAGUACUACGCCAUUGGAGCCCUCCUGGAGGAGCUGGAGAACAUGCAGCCGCUCAAGGGGGAGAAGGUGCGCCAGGCGUUUCUGGGACUUAUGCCCUAUUACAAAGGCCCACAGAGCCCCUCCCCUGGGAAUCUCUCUUCCUCCUGCAUCCUGCCAUCACUGAGGCUCCCCUGCCCGGCCCCUCCCCACCCUGUGAUGGACGCUGUGUUCACCUGCGCAGACCAUCUGGAGCGGAUCGUGGAGAUCGCCCGGCUGCGUGCGGUGCAGCGGAAGGCCCGCUUCGCCAAGCUCAAGGUCUGCGUCUUCAAGGAGGAGAUGCCCAUCACGCCCUACGAGUGUCCGCUCCUCAGCUCCUUGCGCUUUGAGCGGAGCGAGAGCGAUGGGCAGCUCUUUGAGCACCACUGCGAGGUGGACGUGUCGUUCGGGCCCUGGGAGGCUGUGGCUGAUGUCUACGACCUGCUGCACUGCCUGGUGACGGACCUGUCGGCCCAGGGCCUCACGGUGGACUACCAGUGCAUUGGGGUGUGUGACAAGCACCUCAUCAACCAUUACUACUGCAAGCGCCCCAUCUAUGAGUUCAAGAUCACAUGGUGGUGAGUAGCCUGGUAGGGAGCAGAGGCCGUCAGCGGGGAGCCGUGUCCCUUGGUGGCUCUGGGAGUAAGAUCCCUGCAAGGGUGGCUUUCUGCCUGCCUAGGACCUGCCGAGGUGCGGAUGAGGCCUGUGGCACGGCUCCCAGGGCAUGGCGGUGCAGCUCCCUUCUCCCCGUGGUGCCUCAGAGGCAGGCUCAGGGCCCAUGCCGAUGGGGCCCGGGCCUGCACUCCCCUGGCCCUGCUUCCAGGCGUGGCCCGCUUUGCCUGCGGCUGAUGGAGUCUUGCUAGGGCUUGACUGAGAAGUCCAGAGAGGUGCUGUCACCUUCUUGGCCAGGCAGGAGCAUUUCUGCCCUUUGUAGAGUCACGUUACCAAACUAAUGUAGGUGUAAGCACUUCUUCCACACUGUUUACCUGCCCCUUCCUGUGCUCAGCUGUAGGUGUAAGGACAGACAUGAUGGGGGAUGGGAUUCUCUCCAAACAGCCUCACAACCCCUGCCUGAAGAAGAAAGAGCACCUGUCUCUCCCAGUGCUCCCUUCCCCCUUGCCGUCUGAGGAUGUGGACAGAAGCUUUCUCUCUUCCCACAUGGCCCUCACCACCUUUUGGAGAUGUAACUGUAGUUGCCAAAGCCAUGUACCAGGUUGGCCUUAGAAAACCACCAUGUUUACAGCCCUGUCUUGGGGCCUUGGCUUCUCCUACCUUCCACCAACCUUCCUUGCCUGCGGGGGUUGUCUUCUCACAGGGCCGGAAUGCGAAUUUCAGAAUCUGCUUUUGAAGAUUUCCUAAGUCAGAGCAAACAGGGCACCUAGAUUUUCUGUUCUCUUUGAGAUGUAGCAUCCUCCGGGGAGGCUCAGAAGACCUCCCUGGCUACUCUUUCGUGUGUUAGGGUCAGGAGUGCGGGGAACCUCCUUGGACGGGGACCCCCCUUUAGCCCCUUUGGCAUUAUCCUGCUAACGUUCUCCUUCUGGGUGGGUGUCUGUUCUGGGGCAGUGAAGGAAGGGCUGGGUGAGAGGCUCAGCCAUCCUUGGAGCUGGAGGAAGCCAGCAGCAGACCCUGGUUAUGUGUCACUCCCACACUGGUGAGAGAGAAAGACCCCCAAGGAUCUCCCCCCUGCAUGUCCUCCUGGCUGUCUGCAGCCCAGGCGCUGGUCAGGGUGUGAGCAUGUGACUCCUCCAGGCAGAGCUACGUGGUACCACUAGUCAGAUGCAACAUUUCUGUCCCCUGGGACGGUGAAUACCUGGCCUCUCCCUGGCUGUCCUCUUAGGGAUAUUUAUAUGCAAAGGGUUGGUGAGGGCAGCCCCACAGGUCUCAGUCCUACAGGAGUAGACUGUGAGGUGGGCAAGGUGAGCUGAGGAUGUCUGUAACCCUCUGAGGAAGAGAGGGCAGGCCCCAGGCCCAGGCUGACUUCCCUCCUGGGACUGGGUGGCACUGACCCCCUGGUGCCUGUGUGGGAGCUCCUAAAUUUCACUCUUGUAUGGGUGGAGCAGAGAUGGAGACCGAGCUCUAAGGGGAAAGGACAGGCCUCAGGUUCCAGGUGUGUGUUUUUCCUAUCACGGUCUCUUUUCUGGAGUGACGUCUCGCUUGCAGCUCAGCCAUGCAGCACGGUUCUUGCCUUGUUCCAACAGCACAGUCUUUCCUUCCUGUGGGUCUGCAUGGUGUUCCUCCCUAAUCUGUGUUCACUUCUCAGCAGACACAGAAACCAGCUGCUCAGGAGGAGGUCAGGGUGAGUGGAGCACAGAUGAGUCAGCCCAGUGCUUUCAGUGGUCCAGCCCGCCACGAGUAUCCCACCUCUGGGCCAUGUAGGGUCCAUCCACAUAAGACAUGGAGUAACUGCUCAAAUGUAGGUUUGCUCAUAAAUAGGCCCUGAGACUUGCUUGGGGUUUCAGGGGUGCUGAGCAAAGACCCCCUCCCUCCAUCUCUCUGCCCCCCAAGCUGUUCUCACAGUGGUGUGCUCUGACCCAGAUGGGGAGACAGGACUCUGGGUCAGCAGAGCAGGCAGGAGGGACACUGGCUGGCCAGCUUAGAGCUCUUUUUAAUGGGAGUAAAAGAAUGUCAUAGCCCAGUUUGAGAGGCCAAGGCCAGGCUGGGAGGUGGUUUUUGAUGUUGUGUUCUGUGGUAGUGGCCUCCAAAGAAAGGGGUCAUCUUCAAGGAAAUGGCUUCUCCCAGUCAGAUCCCUCCCUAACUCUAGAUAGCCAGACCCAGCACAUAAAAAGGGUUGGGACAGGAAGAGGGCUCCAAAGGAUGAAAGCUCCCUGAUGCAAAGGAAGUAUUUUUCAUAGAAUUCUCAUGCAGAAUGUUAGUAAAUGCUCCCCACCACGAUGAGGAACGAGACCAUUGUCUUGAGAGGGGCCAGGGAUUACUGGGGAGUCAGACCCUUCAAUUGCUGGCCUCGGAACGUCCUUGUGUUCAGCUUUGGGCAGUUUUCCUCCCAGGUGCUAUGCUCACUGGGUAGGAAGGUAGACACUUUAGGGGCUAGGACUGUAGUGCAAUGCUAGCCGUAACAAAAUUCAAUAAAAAUACAGAUUAAACCUCAUGAACCACAGCCUCCACCAGCAUGAGCCCAGAAGUAGAUGGCGCCUGGCUACCACCACUCGCUGCUCUGACAGGGAUCACAACAGAGGGUCCUGGACAGAGCAGGAGAAAAAUGUAGAACAAAAUUCAAAUUCACAAAAAAAAGACUUACUGGUCUAGCAAAGAUUAGAAGAACUCCCAAGACUAUAGCCCCCCCAGGCACCUUGCUAACUCAGAACUGAAGCCACUCCCGAAGUCCACUUUCAGCCAAAGAUCAGACAAGCCUAUAAAACAAACAAUAACACGUGGGAAGAACGUGCUUCUUAGCUCAAUCAAGUAUACCAGACCAAAUGGGCAACUCAUGCCCAAAAGCGAAGACAAGAAGGCAGGAAGGGACAGAAAACUGGACAAAUGGAUGCAGAGAACCUGGGGUGGAAAGGGGGAGAGUACUGACACAUUGCAGGGAUUGCAUCCAAAGUCACAAAUAAUUUGUGUGUAAAUGUUUUAAUGAAAAGCUAAUUUGCGUUGUAAACUUUCACCUAAAACACAAAAAAUUUUAAAAACCAAUAGCAACAAAAAAGUCAGAAACAAGACCACGAUGAAGCACAUCACGCCAUCCCGGGGGAGGGGUUCUCCUGGUGAUGUUCUGAACAGGAGGACGGACGUCUUCACCACCCCGCUCCCCCUCUGGUUGGCCCUCCAGGCUGCCCAGCGCUUCCCUUGCAGAAGGCAGCUCUCAAAGGAUCCUCCGUUGUCCGUUUCCGGGAUUAGGAUGGCCUGGGAACUACGGGAGGCUUAACCUAAGACUGAGCAGGUUUAAUCCUCCUGUUCUAGACAACUGGCUGGAGGACUGGGGCGUAGACUGUUGUGAGACAUUAAGGGGGUGGGCAUCAGUAUGGGAUCCUGGUCUGCGCUGAAGAGGUUGAGAAAAACAACAGCCAGACAACACACAACUCUUCACGCUGAGUGUUGUGACCGCAGUAAGAGUUUCUAACGUCUUCCUUCUGCGUACCAUCUGUUCGUGUCUGCUCCUCGUGCGAGCGCUCCCAGGCUUUUCUGGGCACCACGUUGCGGGGCUUGUGCACCAAAGUGGUGCCCACAUCGCGGUCCUGAAAUAGGCGUUAAGCUGGGACAGGGUGGAAGAGGCAGUGUUUGGAAUUUUGGAAGAAAAUUUGCAUAUAUACAUAUGCAUGCACUAGGAGGGGCUGCGGGGGCUGCAGGGGCUGGGGGAGGUGGGAACAAAGGUCGGGCUAGGACAGGUAGUCGCUCUGGAGUGUGCGAGGCCCCCGGCCCCGUGUCUUCCUUCUGUACAUGUGGGGCUUGUGGACAUGGAAUAGCACUGCCCGUGUGUGUUCAUGUACCUGUCUGCGAGUGCUUUGGCGCUUGGAGCCUCGGGAGCCACAGGUGGCAUUAAAGUCGAGCAUCAGAACCCGGGUGGUGUGCCUUUCUUUUUAUAGAGACCUGCUUUCAUCCCUCCGCUGCCCGCACCCUCCCUUCACCAGGAAAUAUGUCUUGGUUUCUGUCUAACAUGGGGUAGGCUUUGGGAUGCUGCACUAAAUAAAACAGAUUCUCUCCUGAGAGCAGCAGCUGAGCUUCUGCCCUGACCGAAGUUAAAGGAAGGUGGGAUCCAUGGAGAACCUUCUGGAUUGCUCCAACCUUGUCUCUGCUCAGGUAGGCUCGUGCCUGCCCCAGCCCAGGCAGACAGCUCUGCUGAGAGCUCUCAGGGGAAGAAGACACCACUAUUGCUUCCUCGCGGUGUGACUCACCAGCCAGGUGGCUCUGAAGCACAUCCCUCCCAUGGUAUCCCCCACUUCUUUCUGAGGGGAGACCAGUGCCUCUAAGCUUAUGUGAGCCUUUCUUGAGGAAAAUGAACGUAAGCUGCCCUUCCCCUGAGGCAGUUUGGCCCCUUCCUGGCUGACGAGUGGCCUCAUGAAGAUGCCCCUUGGAGUCACUUCAUGGACCAAUCCGGAAAGGUAAGUUCUGAAGUUCAGGGAGCUACACCACCCUCCAGCUGCCUCCCUCAAGUCUCUGAUUAUCCUGACUUUCAAACAAAAGCACUGCAUGGUCUAUGCCACAUGUGUUCGCUGGCCUGAUGACUGUGCACAGAAGCCCAUAGUAAUGAUGUCUAAUGACACCUUACACGUGGAAACUGAAGCCACAGAGAUGCCAUUUCCUCACAGGCACACAGCUAGUAAGUGGCAGAGCCAAGACUAAAGACCCAGCACCUCUGUCCUCAAUCCUCAGGGGUGUUCAACAGCAGAGCCUGCCCUUCCUGUUGGCAGCUCAGGUAUGUACGGUAUCUCUUCACCCUGCCUGACCUGUGAAGAGCUGAGAAGCAGGCGCUCUAGGAAGGAAAACUAGAAAGACUUCCUUAGGCUGCCAGGCCUUAAGUAGCCCCUGAACAUGAAAUAGAUGGGUUCCCCCUUCCUUGGUAGGUGGAGAAGGCCUUGCUCAGGGAGCAGUACGCAGAGGAUGUCUGAGCAGGUGAAAACGGCCCCUGGCUGGACACUGGGUGUGCUGGCCCAAUCUAGGACAGACCCUCAGGUCCAACCACAGGGUUGUGCUCCAGAGCCUGGUCCAUAGCCUCCAGACUGGAAGGCUCUUUAGGUUAACUCGGAGGACACUGGUACCUGGUUUGGGACUCAGCCCUUGGACCAUGGUCUUUAUACUGCCUGUGCCUCCAGUUAUCUUUCUGACUUGACUUACUUUUAAUUUUUAAUUAACUUUCCCUUAUAUCAUGUUCCUUUAGCUUUUACUAUACACCAUUAACUUUCUAUCCUUUUAUUUCU